AUGGAAGUUAGAAAGCUUUAUGAGCAAGCUGGCCAAGGACAACUUUUCGACCAUUGGGAGAGCCUAUCGCCUUCUGAUCAGCAGGCAUUGGUGCAGAAUCUUUCGUCUGUAGCCUCGAAAAAUGAUCCAAAGAAGCUGGUUUCUGAUUGUCAGCAAGCGAUUUCUCUUUCAAAGACUAUGGCUAAUCAGGGUGGGAGUAUAGAGCCUUUGCCAGCUUCGUCUUAUCAGUCUGUAAUCGGUGAUGAGAAAGCUAAGCAAGAAUACUGGCAAUUGGGACUUGACGCGAUUAUUAAAGGAGAAGUUGGUGUGAUUUUGAUGGCUGGUGGCCAAGGUACUAGAUUAGGGUCUUCUCAGCCUAAAGGAUGCUACGACAUAGGGCUCCCAUCGGGUAAAUCGCUUUUCCAGAUCCAGGCGGAAAAGAUCUUGCGUCUACAGACUCUAACAAGAACCUCUCAUCUAAUUCCAUGGUACAUUAUGACUUCGAAGCCUACAAGGACUGAUACAGAAGAAUUUUUUAAGAAACAUGAUUUUUUUGGGUUGAAGGCUUCACAAGUAACCUUCUUUAAUCAGGGAACACUCCCGGCGUUUGACCUAAAUGGCGAAAAGCUUCUAUUAGCCUCGCCAACUGAGUUAGUAGAAUCGCCAGAUGGUAACGGUGGUCUAUAUCGAGCUUUAAGGGAUAACAAGCUUCUUCAAGAUUUCGCCAUCAAGGGUAUCAAACACGUCUACAUGUACUGUGUGGAUAAUGUGCUAUCAAAAGUAGCAGAUCCAGUCUUUAUCGGAUUUGCCAUUAAACACAAGUUUGAAUUGGCUACGAAGGCUGUCAGGAAAAGGGAUGCGCACGAAUCAGUUGGUUUAAUUGCUACGAGACAAGGGAAACCGUGUGUCAUUGAAUAUUCUGAAAUCUCAAAGGAAUUAGCCGAAGCACGCGAUGCUGAUGGUUUGUUGCAAUUCCGUGCAGCCAACAUUGUUAAUCAUUAUUAUUCGGUCGACCUGUUACACCGUGAACUGGACAAUUGGUGCACUAAGAUUCCUUACCACAUUGCAAAGAAGAAAAUAUCAUUUUUCAACGCUGAAACCGUAGAAACUGUUAAAGUAACCAUUCCAAAUGGUAUUAAGUUGGAACAGUUUAUAUUUGACGUUUUUCCCACUGUGCCAUUAAACAAAUUUGGCUGUCUGGAGGUUGAAAGACGUGAAGAAUUUGCUCCAUUGAAGAAUGGCCGUGGGAGCUCGAACGAUAAUGCAGAAACCAGUCGCAAGGCUUACCUAGAUCUAGGCACAUCACGCUUGAAAAAAGCUGGUGCGACAGUGAAGGACGGCGUAGAAGUUGAAGUUUCUGGUAAGAUAAGCUACUCUGGUGAGAAUUUGUCUCAGUUCAAAGACCACAUUUUUGACAAACCUAAUCAAAUUCUCGAGAAUUGCCAUUGA